AUGACUACCGGAGUCUUCAACUACAUUGACCCGACAUCGAGCGUCGACUCAAACGGCAACGGAAUCAAGCCCUGGGCUAAAGUCGAUGUGGACCGAACUUCCUUUGAACGCAGCCACAAGAAGCGCGAUGUUAUCGACAUUCGCAACGCCGCCGCCAUCACUGCCUUCGACGUGGACCUCUCUGGUUUCGACGUCUUCAAAACUCCCGCCAAAGAGACCGAGUUUACCGACGACGCGGCUGUAAGGAAUGGCUAUUAUGCUGAAGUCGAGGCAUUGCUCAAAGAAAGGAUUCCUGCCAUCAAGAAAGUUGUCAUCUUUGAUCACACCAUCCGCAGGCGCGAGAAGUCCAGCCCUCGACAGCCAGUGCAGCAAGUCCACGUUGAUCAAACCCCUGGCGCGGCUGAAGCCCGAGUGAGGCGACACACAGAUCCCUCAGAGACAGAGGAGCUUCUCAAGGGACGAUAUCAGAUCAUCAAUGUCUGGCGCCCCAUCGGCCACCCCGCAUCAGACUUCCCUUUAGCCGUGAUCGACUGGCGAACGACCAAGCCAGAAGACAUGAUCAAAGUCGAUCUUCUUUACCCCAACCGUAACGAUAACGAUGACGAUGACCGUGGCAAGGAAGUUCUCCCCGAUGAGGCAACUCUUGCUUCCACAGAGGGUUACUCAGUCAAGGGCGAAACGUACUCUGUUGCGCCAAACGACAGCCACAAGUUUUACUACGCAAAGGACAUGACGCCCGAGGAGGUUAUGCUGAUCAAGUGUUUUGACUCGAAGAGCGAGGUUCAUGAAGGUGGACAGCAUGGAAUCGCAGGUUAUACUCCACACACUGCGUUCGUGGACCCUGCGACACCGGCGGAUGCGCCUGGUCGGCAGAGCAUCGAGGUGCGAUGCUUGGUGUUUUACUAG